AUUUUACUCAUCUUUAAAACACUCACUAGUCUUUUAUUUCUGGAUACAAAAAUGUUGUCUCCAAACUACUUAAGACUUAUUUCAGUUAUCGGAAUUCUUUUCGGUAUCUUGAUGCGCUCCAUUGUGGCACAGAAUUGUGGUUGUGCAAGAGGAUUAUGUUGCAGCCAGUGGGGGUAUUGUGGUACUAGUGGUGAAUACUGCGGUAAGGGGUGCCAAUCGGGUCCAUGUACUUCAUCUCCAAAUAAUGGUGCCUCUAUUGACAGGAUUGUAACACCAGCAUUCUUUAAUAGGAUAGUUGGUCAAGCUGCUGGUUAUCGAUGUGACGGAAAGAAUUUCUAUACACGUAGUGCUUUUCUUGAAGCCGCUAAAUCUUAUCCUCGCUUUGGUAAAACUGGGAGUUUUGAUGAUUCUAAACGUGAAAUCGCUGCAUUCUUUGCUCAUGUUACGCAUGAAACCGGAUUUUUCUGUCACAAAGAAGAAACCAAUGGAGCAAGCAGAGACUAUUGUGACCAUGGAAACAGACAAUAUCCAUGUGUUCCUGGAAAAAAAUACCAUGGGCGAGGACCCAUACAACUAUCCUGGAAUUACAACUAUGGCCCAGCCGGUAGAAGCAUCGGAUUUGAUGGUUUAAAUGCUCCAGAAACGGUGUCUAAUAAUGCAGUCAUCUCCUUUAAGGCAGCAUUUUGGUUUUGGAUGGAAAAUGUCCACUCGGUCAUAACUUCAAAUGAAGGUUUUGGUCCGACAAUUCGUAGAAUCAACAGCGGCGAGUGUAACGGAGGAAACUCGGGAGCAGUUCAAGCUAGAGUUAAGUACUUCAGGGAUUACUGUAAUCAACUUGGUGUGUCACCAGGAAAUAACCUUUAUUGCUAGAAACUUAUGAUGUAAUAUUUUCUAAGUAUCUAUGUAAUCGCUAGCUCGAUAUAUUAACAAGAGAUAAAUAAAGAGCUUCUGGAUCAAUAUAAAUCGUGCAAAUAA